UAAGAAAGAAGUGAACAAAACAAAACUUUGUCAUUGCAGUAUCACAGUCAAGGCAAAUUUUGAUACCAGACAAAUAGUCUGAAAGAUCAUAACAUGCCCGAUUUUUCAAGUGAAGGAUUUGAUAUUGAUGCAAGUGGAGGGAAUACCGAUGACGUAAUAUUCGAAAUAGGCGGCGGAAGCACUGUGGUCCCAAAAGUAGAAGAAGCGGAAGCGCCAACAUCCCAAGCUCCCUCCGACACACCUCCGAGUCUCCUGGAUCAAGCAGAAGAGUGGAAGCAGCGUGGUAACGAGGAAUUCAAAAAGAAGAACUACCUGGAGGCAUAUGAUAUGUAUACGAAUGCCAUUGAAGUGUGUCCGUGUCCUGUAACAGUGGACGAUAUAUUGAGACAACGCGACGAGUUCGACGAGAUGGAACGAGAAAAGAUGCGACUAAGAAUGGAGGAAGAAACACGGCAAAGAAGGAGAGACAGCUCCAAAAAGCCCACCAAUAAUGACCCAAAAGAAGAGAAUACUAAAACUCAGUCGAGUUCUGCGGAAAACACGGAAGGUCCACGAACUUUUGAAUUGGAACCACAAGAACACAGUGAAAAACUUGCAAUAUUCUUGAACAACAGAUCUGCAUCUCUCAUCCAGUUGGAACGGUUCGAGAAUGCAAUACUGGAUGCAGACGUUGCCAUUUUGCUGAAUCCAACAUAUGUAAAGGCGUACAUUCGUCGUUCGUCGGCCUAUGAAAAAACAGAACGAACCGAAGAAGCACUCAGAGAUAUGAAACGAGCUCUGGAACUAGAACCAUCAAACGCAACGGUUCGAAGGUCUAUGAUGCGACUUCAAAAAAUGGAAGACGAGAGACUUGAAAAAUUAAAGGUAUGAAAUGACUGAUGGCCAGAUAAUCAACGUGCCCCGUUUUGAGAGUCAUCUCGUGUUGACUCAAUUAUUUUUUUGUUUCGUAAUUAACACCCGUGUGCAGGAGGAGACUAUGUCGAAGCUAAAAGACCUUGGAAAUUCGUUGCUCGGUAAUUUUGGCUUGAGCUUGGAUAACUUCCAAACAGUUCAAGACCCAAACACAGGUUCUUAUUCUAUUUCUUUCAAUCAAAAUAAAUAGAUCAAGUAAAAGCAA